AAGGCGAUGCCUGUUGUCGAGGUGAAAUCAGCAACGCCGUCACAGCAGAGCCUCCCGAAGGCGAUGCCUGUUGUCGAGGUGAAAUCAGCAACGCCGUCACAGCAGAGCCUGCCCAAAGCGAUGCCUGUGGUUGAGCCCGGAUUGGCAACACCGUCACAGAGCCUGCCUAAGGCGAUGCCUGUUGUCGAGGUGAAAUCGGCAACACCGUCGCAGGAGAGUCCACCUAAGGCGACGCCCGUUGUUGAGGUGAAAUCGGCAACACCGUCGCAGCAGAGUCCGCCCAAGGCGAUGCCUGUUGCUGAGGUGAAAUCGGCAACACUGUCGCAGCAGAGUCCGCCCAAGGCGAUGCCUGUUGUCGAGGUGAAAUCGACAACACCGUCGCAGCAGAGCCUGCCCAAGGCGAUGCCUGUUGUUGAACCUAGACUAGCAACACCAUCACAGCACAGUCCGCCAAAAGCGAUGCCUGUUGAGGUGAAAUCGGCAACACCGUCGCAGCAGAGCCUGCCCAAAGCAAUGCCUGUUGUUGAACCCAGGCUGGCAACACCGCCGCAGCAGAGUCUGCCAAAGGCAACACCCGUUGUUGAGAUGAAAUCGGCAACACCAUUGCAUCAGAGUCCACCAAAGGCAACACCUGUUGUUGAGAUGAAAUCGGCAACACCAUUGCAGCAGAGCCUGCAGAGGUGA